AUAAAAACCGGAAGUGUGUGAAAAUGUGGGAGAAAGCAAACAUUUCCACUAGAAAAAUAUAGGUUUUACGUAACCAUGCUUAAUAGACGAUUAGACUGUAGAGUGUGCGUUAUUAAAUUUUAAGUGAAUUGUGAAUUUUUAAUUUAUUUUAAAUGGAGAUGUCAACUGUGACAUCCGUCAUGUUUGAAGACAGCGGGUAUACCAUAUAUAAUUCUUUUAACAAUUACUCGUACUUGGAGAAUACGACUGUUCCAUUUAUGAACAUAACUAACUGUUCUACCCAAGACUGGAUAUACCCGCAGUUAUCACUACUGAGUCAAAGAAAAGCUGUUCUGUAUCUUCCAGUUAUCAUAUUCUUGUUUUUAUUGAUGCUCUUUGGAUGUUUUGGAAACUCACUGGUUCUAUAUAUUUACUGUUUCCGAUCGAAAAAGAGGUCAGCGAACAAUUUUAUUAUUGCCAUGGCAUUGUUUGAUUUUAUUACGAGUGUCGUAGUGAUGCCAAUUGACAUAUAUGAUUUACUCUAUCAUUACUCAUUCUAUUCUAACAUUGCGUGUAAAAUAUUCAGAGCUGUUGAAAGCGCUACUACAUAUGCAUCCGCUGUGAUUUUGAUACAGAUUGCCUUUGAUCGUUACUUUAAAAUAUGCAAGCCUUUACAUUUUGGUAAUCGUACAAGAACAAAGUGUAUGUCUAUAUCAGCUGGAAUGUUAGCUUUAAUUUUGUGUAGUCCAGCUGUUGUUCUUUUCGGAACAAGAAGAGAACAAAUUUCCGGAAAUUUAUGUGGAUUUGAUUGUUCCGUUGAUCAAAAAUAUAAAGGCUCGACCUUCCAAACUAUUUAUUAUCUAAUAUUAGGGUUAGUGUUUAUAAUCACAUUCGUUAUAUUAUCAGCUUUAUACUUUUUAAUCUGGUUAGCAAUCAAAAGAAGGAAAGGUGUAACUAUCGGUGAAAACCCCAGACAAAGUGUUACGCAAAAUGGCCGAAAAAGAAUGUUAUCAAGUGUGAGUGAUGACGAUUCGUCGUCAGUGGUACAAAAUCAUAAACUAUUCCGCAGAACAAUGUCCAGCUUAUCAACUAAAUCAAAACUCUCAAACUUAUCUGAAAGGUUGUCCAAUAUAAAAGCUUCUCGGACGACAAAAAUCUUCAUCGCCGUUACCAUUGCGUUUGUAUUGAGCUAUUUGCCGUCUGUUGGUGUAAUGAUUUGCAGAUCUGUAAAUAAAAAGAUCGAAAAAGACUCGUCGGAAUUCGUUCAAGUGCUCCUAAAGUUGUUUUCAAGAUGCCACUACUUAAACAACGCCGCCAACCCAAUUAUUUAUAGUUUCCUCAACAAACACUUCCGUGACGAGAUUACAAAAUUGACCAAGAGUAUUGGUUUCUGUUGCAAGCAUCGUUUUCGACCCCGCUCAUUAUCAACUUCUUCCGGAUCUUCGCGAAAAGGACGUUCAUCUAGAUCAAAUUCAUACAAAAGUGAACGUACUCAUGAAUAUGAAUUGGAACAUUUGAAGCAUUAACGUUAAUGUUAUAAAACAUUGCAUAUCAAACAUUUUGCUGUUUACUAUUAGCAUUAAAACACAGACAUUCAA